CAGGGCAACACCCCGGCGUCCCUGGAAGCCGGGAGCCGGGGUGGUGCCUGGGAAGCUGCGCAGAGUCGGGAGCCAUCGCCCAGAGCCUCCUGGGGUGGGGGACAGGGCAGAGUCGAGGCUCUUCUGCAUGGCCUGCCAGGCCCUCCGUGACCAGACCCUGACCUGGCCAUCCACCCAGCCUCUGCCGUGCACACUGCUGUCCAGCACUCCAGAUCGCCUUGUCUGCAUUUGAGCCCAGACCAAUCAUGGCUGGAAGACCCAUCCGCAUAGGAGACCAACUGGUUCUGGAGGAAGAUUAUGAUGAGACCUACAUUCCCAGUGAGCAAGAAAUUAUUGAAUUUGCCAGAGAGAUUGGGAUUGACCCCAUCAAGGAACCAGAACUGAUGUGGCUGGCGCGGGAGGGCAUUGUGGCCCCUCUGCCCGUGGAGUGGAAACCAUGCCAGGACAUCACAGGUGAUAUUUACUAUUUUAACUUUGCCAACGGGCAGUCCAUGUGGGACCAUCCAUGUGACGAGCACUAUCGGAACUUGGUGAUCCAAGAGCGAGGGAAGCUGUCAACUUCUGGGGCCAUUAAGAAGAAAGAGAAGAAAAAGAAAAAGGAAAAGAAAGACAAGAAGGACAAAGAGACCUCCAGAAGUCCCCUGGAAACACAACGUGAGCAGGGACUUCUGCCUUCUUCCUCCUUUCUCCGUGGCCCAUCCCCUCUCCCAGCACCUGGGCUUGCUGGUAUGGACCUAGACCAAGAGAUGCAGGCUAGAAGUGAGGGCUCCUUUAAGAAAGUGAAGAGCCCAUGCAUGCUGGGCGACACCCCUUGGCCUCUCAUGGGCACCCUGCCUGGCAAGCUGCAGCCACUCUCCAAACGCCAAGCUUCCCGAACCCAUCAGAUCUUUGCUGACAUGGAGAAAAUCUUAGGCAGGGCCCCAGCCCAAUGUAGGACAGAAUUAGGUGAUCGGCAGGGUCUGGAGAAACCUCAGGAGCCGACAGAGAAAAUCUACCUGGGGUUUUCAGACCCUGAAAUAGAAGAGCUGGAAAUGAGGACCAGACAGCAGAAACCUGGCACUCCGGGCCCUGAGAGCCCCCAGCCCCUCCAGAGUGGGCAGGAUGUAUUAGAAAGCAGGAACCAGGCCUCUGUCCACUCAAAGCUUUCUGAAAUCAUCAAUGGCUUGCAGCUGAAAGGGGAGCAGCACAGCCAGAACAUGGCCAAACUAAGCUCCACUGGCCCUGGGGGGGACAAGGGCCAGAGCCCCAUUCCCUUGCCAUCCUCUGAGGAGGAGACUUCCCUGUCCCCUUGUUCUUCUGACCACAUGCUGCCUAUUAGGAAGAGCAAGCUGUUCUUGUUAGAUAACAGCCCAGCAGAAGACCUGAGCUGGCAGGGUGUUUAUGGGGAAGGUGGGAGCGUGGGCAGAGGGAGGAGGAGGAGAGAGCCCCCAAAAUCAUGGAUGGGACAGGUCUCCAAGCUUGUGAACAAGGACACCCCCAGGAGCUGCAAGAAAACGGAGCCCAAUGACGCUGAGGCUCCAGGGGCCUCAGCUGGAGAUUCACCUCAGGGGCUCUUCCUAAUACCACCUGAUACCCUGGCGUCAGAACCAGCUCAGAUUUGCCCUUCAGGGAAUGCCCCUGGGGAGUCUCCUACCAGUGAGAAGAGACGACCCCCAGGGUCUCCAGAGCCCCCUGAAGAAGACAGGAAGCCUAGUGGGUCUGGGCCUGACUUAGAGAGCAGCAGCCUGGCCUCUCCCCUUGGCUCUCAGAUCCUGGAUGAGGUGAACAACUUCCCUUGGGACCUGCAGAGCUCUCGGGGAUCUGAGCGAGGCACGGGUCAGUCAGGCCCCAGACCCAGAGAUCAACACUCUAGCCCCUUCCUAGUGCCCCCGUUAUCCCACAUGCAGAGCUCUGCUGAUGAGCCGUCAGAGAGUGAAGACUACUCUGAGGAUCAGAGGUUCUACCAGCACAUCCUGCAGAUGGUCAAGAUCUCCAGGCGGCUGGAGGGCCUGGGGCUGCCCGAGAGCGUGCAGGAAAUGCCGUGCAAAGACAUCGCCAGCAUGGUCUGUUGCAUGGCAGCUGAGUCCUCCAGAAUGUCUAGUGAGGGUGAACAUGAGGCCAUCAGAGCCGUGGAGAGGGACUCAAGGUUUCUGGCUUGGAGGCCAGAGCUGCUGGAGCAUCCUCAGGAGGCGGCCCUUGCCCCUGCUGGGCAGGAGGCCUCUCAGCAAGCCUGUUUCCAGCCGAGCAGCAGCCCCCUCAGGCAGGGGCUAGUUGAGCUGAGUUCCUACAGAGGGCUCACUGCAGAGCCAGGCAAGAUGCAGCUUCUCAACCAGGCCCUGGGCUCCUCGUUAGCCCCAGUCCACAUUCCUCUUGGGGGCCUGGCUCCGUUAAGAGGCCUUGUGGAUGCCCCACCCUCUGCCCCUCGUGGAUCUCAAAAUGUGAGCCUGGGGAGCUCAGUGGAGUCCGGUCAACUCGGAGAACUCAUGCCGCCUUCACAGGGUCUCAAGACUUCUGCUUAUACAAAGGGUCUCUUGGGCUCCAUCCAUGAGGACAAGAAUGCUCUCAGCCUCUUGGCUUUAGGGGAGGAGACCAACGAGGAGGAUGAAGCGGAAAGUGACAACCAGAGUGUCCGCAGCUCAAGUGAGCUUCUUAAGAACCUGCACCUGGACAUUGGGGUGCUGGGGGGCGACUUUGAAUAUGAGGAGUCCCCCAGAACAAGCCAGCCAGAGGAGAAGAAGGACAUUUCUCUUGAUUCAGAUGCUGCCAGCCCCCCUACUCCCGGCAAGCUCUUCAGCCAAGGUGCAGACAGCAGCCUGAGCAGUGCCGAUGGCAAAGGGCGACAGGGAAGAGGGGCAAGUUGGCUCCCAGAAAAAGAAAAGAAUGAGAAGAGUGAUCCUGGGACAUCCAGGAGUCUGGUGACCCUCGGGGUGGACCCUGGGGGCGAUCAGCCUGCCAAAGCCAAGAAAAAAGAAGCACCAGAGGACCCGGUAGAUGCAGGAGAGGAGGGUUCCAGGAAGGAAGAGGCAGCAAAGGAGCCAAAGAAGGAUGCUUCUGUCCUGAAAGAGAGCAGAUCAGAUGCCAGUGAAGAGUCAGAAAUUAGUGAACACGUGAAGGAACUACAGCUCUCAGACUCGGCUGCUUCUGACCCCAAGUCCUUCCUUGGCCUGGACUUUGGUUUUCGCAGCCGGAUCUCGGAGCACCUUCUGGAUGUUGCCGUGCUUUCCCCCGUCCGGGGUGGAGCCCGCUGGGAGGCCCAGGGGUUGGGAAGAGAAGACAAGGAUGACAGCCAGUCCAGCCGAGAAGAGCUGCAGAGCAAGCAGUCCAAAGGCUUGGAGAGGUUAUCUCCUCCACUUCUGCGUGGGGAGCGGCUCCAGAGUCCCCUUCACAGCCAGGCCACUGAAGAAGGGCCUCCACAGGCCUGUGAGGGGCAGCCCGAGCGGAAGGGGGCAGAGGAGCCUGGGGAGGACUCUGCAGGCAGCCCCAUCCCACCUGUUUCCCUGCAGAGGGAGGAGACCCCAAGCCCACCUGCCACCCAUGAGAGGGACAUGGAGCCGCACUCCCAGGCGGAGGAGCCCAAGGAGAAGGUGGCGGUCAGCCCCAACCCGCCAAUCUCUCCAGAGGUGCGAUCUGCAGAGCCUGUGGCUCCCCCAAAGCAGCUCUCAGAGGCCACGCUGAAGGCUGUGGAAGAGGCAGUGGCCCAAGAACUCGAGCAAGACCAGAGGCGGCUCCUGGAAUGGAAGCGAGAGAAGAUGCAGCAGCUGCGGGAGAAGCUGUGGCAGGAGGAGGAGGAGGAGAUGCUGCAGCUUCACCAGCAGAAAGAGAAGGCUCUCAGUUCCCUGAAGGAGCAGCUGCAGAGAGCCACUGAGGAAGAGGAGACUCGGAUGAGAGAAGAGGAAAGCCAGAGGCUGUUGCGGCUCCGGGCCCAGGUCCAGUCCAGCACAGAAGCAGAUGAAGUCCAAAUUCGGGCCGAGCAAGAGGCUUCCCUGCAGAGGCUGAGAGAAGAGUUGGAGUCUCUGCAGAAGGUCGAGAGGGCCAACUUGGAGCAGAGAAACAGGCAGAUGCUGGAGCAGCUCAAGGAAGAGAUGGAGGCUUCGGAGAAGAGAGAGCAGGCUGCCCUGAACGCUGAGAAGGAGCAGGCUUUGCAGCAGCUGAGGGAGCAGCUGGAAGGGGAGAGGAAAGGAGCAGUGGCGGCGCUGGAGAGGGAGCACAGAGCUGAGCUGGAACGGCUCUCUUCCUCAUUGGAAGCCAAGCACAGAGAGGUGGUCUCCAGCCUCCAGAAGAAGAUGGAGGAAGCUCAACAGAAAGAGGAGGCCCAGCUGCAGGAGAGCCUUGGGCGGGCGGAGCAGAGAGCUCAUCAGAAAGUUCACCAAGUGCUUGAGUAUGAGCAAGAGCUCAGUGGCCUCCUGAGAGAGAAGCGCCAGGAGGUGGAAAGGGAACACGAGAGGAAGCUGGACAGGAUGAAGGAGGAGCACCGGCAAGCGGUGGCUGAGGCCAGAGAGCAGUAUGAAGCCGAGGAGAGGAAGCAGCGGGCUGAACUCCUGGGGCACCUGACUGGAGAGCUGGAGCGCCUGCGAAGGGCCCACGAGCGAGAAUUGGAGACCAUGAGGCAGGAGCAGGACAGGCAGCUCGAGGACUUGCGGCGUCGGCACCGGGAGCAGGAAAGGAAACUCCAAGAUUUAGAGGUGGAACUUGAAACCAGAACCAAAGAUGUCAAGGCCAGAUUGACUCAGCUGGACAUUCAGGAGGAGACUGCCCGGAAGGAGAAGCAGCAGCUCCUUGAUGUGCAGAGAAAGGUUGCCCUGGAGAGCGAGGAAGCCACAGCCACCCAUCAGCACCUGGAGGAGGCAAAGAAGGAGCACACCCACCUGUUGGAGUCAAACCGGCAGCUCCGAAGAAUUCUCGAUGAGCUUCGGGCCCGCAAGUUAGAGUUGGAGUCCCAGGUGGAUCUGCUGCAGACCCAGAGUCAGAGGCUGCAGAAACACAUCAGCGACCUGGAGGCUGAAGCUCAGAGGAGGCAGGACACGUUGAAAGAGCUGGCAGUUGAGGAGAGUAAUGCUUCUCCACGUUUUGAGCCAGAUCUCCACAUUGAGGACCUGAGGAAAUCCCUUGGGACAAGCAAGGAGGAGACCGACUUGUCCUUGGACAGCGUCCGGCACUACCUCUCUGCUGAGGGGAUAGCCCUCCGUAGUGCCAAGGAGUUCCUGGUGCGGCAGACACGCUCCAUGCGGAGGCGGCAGACGGCUCUGAAAGCCGCCCAGCGGCACUGGCGCCAUGAGCUGGCCAGUGCUCAGGAGGCAGCCAAAGACCCGCCAGGCACCAAGGCCCUGGAAGACAUGCGCAAGGACCUGGAGGAGGAGACCAGGCACCUGGAUGAGAUGAAGUCGGCCAUGCGGAAAGGCCACGACUUGUUGAAGAAGAAAGAGGAGAAGCUGAAUCAGCUCGAGUCCUCUCUCCGGGAAGAGGCUUCAGAUGAGGACACUCUGAGAGGAGUCCCCACCAAGAAGGUGGUGACCUUUGACCUCAGUGACAUGGAAGACACGAGCAGCGAAAGUUCUGAAUCCUGCCCCCUACCUCACAUCACCCCGACCCCAGGUCCCACCUUCCCCAACAAGAUCCACUACUUGAGCAGCUCCCUGCAGCGGAUCAGCAGCCAGCUCAACGGCGUCCUCAGCAUGCUGGGCAGCCUCAGCACUCAGCCACCACCACCGCUCGUCACUUCCGCACCAGUGCAGAUCCCUCCCUGGUCCUCUAGGAGCAUCCCCUUUCCCACCUCCCCCUCCCGGGUCUCAGCCUCCUUCCCUGCUACACCCACGUCCACCCGGUGGGCCUGGGACCCGGGGCUGGGCCCCAGGCUCUCCUCCUCCGUGGCUCAAACAGUGGACGAUUUCCUGGUGGAGAAGUGGCGCAAGUAUUUUCCAACUGGCAUCCCGUUCCUCAGCAGCGGCCCUACCCCCGUGGAGAACAGGCUGGGUUACGUGUCUGCCAGUGAGCAGCUCCGCCUCCUGCAGCGUUCCUCUCUCCAUCCUCAAGUCCCCGAGGCGGGCAGCAACAACUUUCAGGGCAUGAUCGAGGCUAACCGAAAGUGGCUAGAACGUUACAAGAACGACCCCAAGUCACAUCUCUUCUCCUCGAUGCCCAAGCCAACAGCCCCUCUGGGCCUCCUGCAGCUGGGCCUGGAUGAGAACAACAGACUGAAAUUGUAUCAUCACUAUUGAGGCCCAGAGCAGUGGCGUCUGGGGCACCGGCCUCUCCUGCCUCCAGACCAAGUGCCUGAGGAGCUGCCUGCACUUUAUUCCCUGUGCUAAAGCAUUCUCCUGGCCCGCCUUUGCUGCUUUCCCCACUCAGAACUUGGAACCAUGGGGGAUGGGUGAAAAGGAUGGUCCGACUGGAAACAGUAAGCCGCCCCCUCUGUGACCACGUAAUGUUUCUCAGGCUGAAAUGUGUGGACUUCUGUGAGCUCCUGCAUGGACGUGGCAACACUGGUGAUGUGGGGCAGCUGAGGGGCAUCAGGGACAUGGGCACCUUCAGGAGGAAGGGGUGGGUAUCAGAGGAGCUGCUGUCAAAGGCCAACGGACUCCCUUUGGAGCUGACACUGCUGGAGGCUCCCAUAGUUAUGGGUAUGGUCCUUAAUUCACCAGAACAAAGCCCCCGGCAUGUCUGUACCCUGGGACCAGGCUCUGUCUAAUACCUCAGCCACGUAGAGAUCAGACCUUUCCUUCUUUUUCUUUUAAUGUCCCCUUUUCAGGAGCCCUGCAAGAGGUUGCUGGAGGCUGGGCCCCAGAAGUUUUGCUGCCUCUCUUCCCUGUGCUGGCACUAUGCUUCCUCAGGGGCUCUCCCUUCCCCUUCUCCUUCCCCGGGGCUCCUCCCCAGAGCCGUCCCAGCUAGAGUCUCAGGUCUCAGCACACAACUUUCAGAAAGCCAACAAGCCCUAGGAAAAGGCUAGGAUGGCUUCUGGUCCUCAGCUUAUUUUCUCUUCCUGGCCCACCUCAGGUCUGUUCAUGGAUUCUGUUUCCAGCCAUCUUUUCUACCUGUGCCACCCCCAGCCCCAUCCACUGCCGCCCCUUCCCAGAGCCUGGAGACUCAUUCUGAAGGAGCUGAGGGAUCCUGUGCCAUUUGGAGCUGCUGCCAUUCUGGCACGGCUCCCUGCAGUCCCACCUCCCAUCAGCGGGCCCCUGAGGGGGUUGCAGGGGCUGUUCUCUGACAGCUGUCCCAUUGUUUAAAUAAAAUGCCCCCAUUUUUCUUGUCUUGAAAGCUAUGGGGUUGCCCUUGCCUCUCCAACGCAGAGAAACCAACUCUCCACCAUCCCACCACUCAUUUCUUUGUCAUUAAGAUCCAGUUGGCUUUUCUACCCCCCAGAUACUUUUUAGGCAUCAGUCACAUUAGCCAACAAAAAAAAGUCCAUUUUAUUAUUUGGCUCAUUCUGUGUGCUUUGGGAAUAGCUCACAUGUUACAGCCAACUCUGGUGACAAUCCUGUGUUUUCUACAUCAAUUAAAUCUCUGCAGGUCCAUUUUCUAUAA